CCCAAAAACGUGACGAAAAUACAACAAGGAAGUGGAUAUUUAUUAAAAAGGAAAAUUAGUUAUCUUCAGAUAGGAAACGUUUUGAAUUAUCAAGUUAAUUUUUGUCGAUUUUUGAUGUUUCGAGAGAUAUAGUUAUCUUGGACUAUAGUUCGUCGUAUCGUGGAUCCAUAUUCACUCAAGCAAUGAACACAGACGUUGAAUUCCACAUUAGGCAGAAUUAUCCGUGGAACAAGCUACCAACAAAUGUCAAACAGAGUGUUGGGAACUCGCAGCGUGAAUAUGAGAAACAUGUGCAGUUGUACAGUAUCCGCAACCAGCUAAGGUUCCGCAAUAACCUAGUGAGACACGUGAGGAAGGAUGAGAGGAAGUACUAUGAGGAGCUGCUGAAGUACAGCCGAGAUCACCUGAUGCUCUACCCCUACCACCUGUCAGACAUCAUGGUCAAAGGCCUUCGCAUCACCCCCUUCUCCUACUAUAUCAGCAUCAUGGAGGACAUCAUGAACGUAGAGAAGAGUUACGACUCGCUGCCCAACUUCACUGCUGCUGACUGUUUAAGACUGCUUGGCAUCGGGAGGAACCAGUAUAUUGACUUGAUGAACCAGUGCAGGUCUUCCAAGAAAUUCUUCCGUAGGAAAACGGCGCGAGACCUGCUCCCCUCCAAGCCAGUAGAGAUCUCUGUAGAGCCGUGGUGGGUGGCUCAGACCGGAUACAUCACAGAGGAUGACAUCAGGAUCUGUUCGGUGGCAGAGAGGAAGGCGAUUGAUAAGAUGAUAGAUUCAGGACCCCAACUGGCUGGAUCAAUGGAGUACAAUGUGGUGCUGAGUCUGUACAACAGGGGAUACAUCUAUCUAGACGUGCCCAUCUCUGAUGACAGCUGCAUGUCAGUGCCCCCCCUGGAAGGCUUCGUGAUGAACAGGGUCCAGGGAGACUACUUUGAAACCCUUUUGUACAAAAUAUUUGUUUCCAUCGACGAGCAGACUAAUGUGUCAGAGCUGGCUAAUGUUCUGGAGAUUGACUUGGGCCUGGUGAAGAAUGCUGUGUCUAUGUACUGUCGCCUGGGUUUUGCCCUGAAGAAAGGAAGCUCGUUCAGCUCAGAGCAGCUCCACCCCACGUGGAAGACUGCCCCCUCUGUCAACAGACUGAAGAGCACAGUGGAUCCCAAACAGAUGCUGCUGUCAUGGGAACAGGGGAGUCCUGUGAUGGAGGCUGGAUCUUCGGCUACAGACACAGACACCACCAGCCUGGAGGACCAAGACAACACCAGUGUGAGCAGCCUGAGUAACCCUGGUCCUGCUGCCCCACCCACCAAGAGGAUCGCCUUCCUGUUUGACUCCACCCUCACCGCCUUCCUCAUGAUGGGGAACCUCUCUCCAAACCUGAAGAGCCAUGCGGUCACCAUGUUUGAGGUGGGGAAGCUGUCUGACGAGACCCUGGACAGCUUUCUGAUGGAGCUGGAUAAAGUAGAGAGCACGGCGGAGGGCGAGGCCCAGAGGUAUUUUGACCACGCUCUGACCCUCAGGAACACCAUCCUGUUUCUCCGCUACAACAAGGAACUAACCACCGACCAGGGCCCUGACCUGCCUAACAACGGCCUCCCCCUGGAUAUGCUCCGCUGUGAGAGUCUGCUGGGUCUAGACCAGGCCACCUGCAGCCGUGUCCUCAACAAGAACUACAAACUACUGGUCUCCAUGGCACCACUCAGCAACGAGAUACGACCUAUCAGCAGCUGCACGCCUCAGCACAUUGGACCAGCCAUCCCCGAGGUGAGCUCCAUCUGGUUCAAGCUCUAUCUGUACCAUGUGACGGGCCAGGGUCCUCCCUCCCUGCUGCUGUCCAAGGGCUCCCGGCUCCGGAAACUACCAGAUAUCUUCCAGGUCUAUGACAGGUUGCUGAUCACUUCCUGGGGUCACGACCCUGGUGUGGUACCUUCGUCUAACGUGCUGACCAUGCUCAAUGACGCCCUCACACACUCCGCUGUACUCAUACAGGGCCAUGGGCUGCAGGGUCAUGGAGAGACGGUUCAUGUCCCCUUCCCGUUUGACCGGGAGGAUCUCAAAGGAGAGUUCUCCUCCUCCAACAUGUGUGUCCACAAGGCCCUGCUGCUGCUGAGGGAGAAGGUGGAUCUGGAGCACCAGUGUGGUUACAUCACCAUGCUCAACCCCAACAACAGGCACCGCAGGAGGGCCAGCGAGAGCUCCGACGGCAGGGGAGACAGUCAUCUGGGAGGUGGGUUGGAGGCCAACAGCAGCACGGAGUCCUUUGAGCUGGUCACAGAGGACAACAAUGGAGGAAAGCAAGCAGCAGAAGUGCCGUUGACAGAAGAUGAGUGGGUCCCUCUAGAGCUGUGCUUUGGGAUGCCUCUCUUCAGCUCCGAGCUCAACCGCAAAAUAUGCCGAAAGAUCGCCUCGCACGGCCUCUGUAGCAAAGACAGCCUUCAAGACUUACUUCAUUCCAGCCGAAAACUAUCAUUGAAGGUCCUGAGUUUUGUUCAGUCGUUCCAGGAUGGCAGCCAGGGUCAGCCCGACCCUGACAGUGGAGUGUCCGGUCCUCUCAGCCAGCCCCCGGCCGAGUCUGGUGUUCCGCUGCCUGCUCUCAACCUCAUCUUCAAGGAUGGACAGCUGAGGGAGUGGAGUGGACGAGCACCUCCACCUCUCCACAUCUCAGCCCUGCAGAAAGACCAGACCUUAUAGACCCCUCCACAUCUCAGCCCUGCAGAAAGACCAGACCUUAUAGACCCCUCCACAUCUCAGCCCUGCAGAAAGACCAGACCUUAUAAACCCCUCCACAUCUCAGCCCUGCAGAAAGACCAGACCUUAUAAACCCCUCCACAUCUCAGCCCUGCAGAAAGACCAGACCUUAUAGACCCCUCCACAUCUCAGCCCUGCAGAAAGACCAGACCUUAUAAACCCCUCCACAUCUCAGCCCUGCAGAAAGACCAAACCUUAUAGACCCCUCCACAUCUCAGCCCUGCAGAAAGACCAAACCUUAUAGACCCCUCCACAUCUCAGCCCUGCAGAAAGACCAAACCUUAUAGACCCCUCCACAUCUCAGCCCUGCAGAAAGACCAAACCUUAUAGACCCCUCCACAUCUCAGCCCUGCAGAAAGACCAGACCUUAUAAACCCCUCCACAUCUCAGCCCUGCAGAAAGACCAGACCUUAUAAACCCCUCCACAUCUCAGCCCUGCAGAAAGACCAGACCUUAUAGACCCCUCCACAUCUCAGCCCUGCAGAAAGACCAGACCUUAUAAACCCCUCCACAUCUCAGCCCUGCAGAAAGACCAGACCUUAUAGACCCCUCCACAUCUCAGCCCUGCAGAAAGACCAGACCUUAUAAACCCCUCCACAUCUCAGCCCUGCAGAAAGACCAAACCUUAUAGACCCCUCCACAUCUCAGCCCUGCAGAAAGACCAAACCUUAUAGACCCCUCCACAUCUCAGCCCUGCAGAAAGACCAGACCUUAUAAACCCCUCCACAUCUCAGCCCUGCAGAAAGACCAAACCUUAUAGAACCCUCCACAUCUCAGCCCUGCAGAAAGACCAAACCUUAUAGACCCCUCCACAUCUCAGCCCUGCAGAAAGACCAGACCUUAUAAACCCCUCCACAUCUCAGCCCUGCAGAAAGACCAAACCUUAUAGACCCCUCCACAUCUCAGCCCUGCAGAAAGACCAAACCUUAUAGACCCCUCCACAUCUCAGCCCUGCAGAAAGACCAGACCUUAUAAACCCCUCCACAUCUCAGCCCUGCAGAAAGACCGGACCUUACAGACCCCUACACAUCUCAGCCCUGCAGAAAGACCAGACCUUAUAGACCCUCCACAUCUCAGCCCUGCAGAAAGACCAGACCUUAUAGACCCCUCCACAUCUCAGCCCUGCACAAAGACCAGACCUUAUAGACCCUCCAUAUCUCAGCCCUGCAGAAAGACCAGACCUUAUAGACCCCUCCAGAUCUCAGCCCUUCACAAAGACCAGACCUUAUAGACCCCUCCAGAUCUCAGCCCUGCACAAAGACCAGACCUUAUAGACCCCUCCACAUCUCAGCCCUGCAGAAAGACCAGACCUUAUAGACCCUCUACAUCUCAGCCCUGCAGAAAGACCAGACCUUAUAAACCCCUCCACAUCUCAGCCCUGCAGAAAGACCAGACCUUAUAAACCCCUCCACAUCUCAGCCCUGCAGAAAGACCAGACCUUAUAGACCCCUCCACAUCUCAGCCCUGCAGAAAGACCAGACCUUAUAGACCCCUCCACAUCUCAGCCCUGCAGAAAGACCAGACCUUAUAGACCCCUCCACAUCUCAGCCCUGCAGAAAGACCAGACCUUAUAAACCCCUCCACAUCUCAGCCCUGCAGAAAGACCAGACCUUAUAGACCCCUCCACAUCUCAGCCCUGCAGAAAGACCAGACCUUAUAGACCCCUCCACAUCUCAGCCCUGCAGAAAGACCAGACCUUAUAAACCCCUCCACAUCUCAGCCCUGCAGAAAGACCAGACCUUAUAAACCCCUCCACAUCUCAGCCCUGCAGAAAGACCAGACCUUAUAAACCCCUCCACAUCUCAGCCCUGCAGAAAGACCAGACCUUAUAAACCCCUCCACAUCUCAGCCCUGCAGAAAGACCAGACCUUAUAGACCCUCCACAUCUCAGCCCUGCAGAAAGACCAGACCUUAUAAACCCCUCCACAUCUCAGCCCUGCAGAAAGACCAGACCUUAUAAACCCCUCCACAUCUCAGCCCUGCAGAAAGACCAGACCUCAUAAACCCCUCCACAUCUCAGCCCUGCAGAAAGACCAGACCUUAUAAACCCCUCCACAUCUCAGCCCUGCAGAAAGACCAGACCUUAUAAACCCCUCCACACCUAAGCCCUGCAGAAAGACCAAAGUGUUUUGCCACCUUAAGUACGUGUUUCUGAUGGACUCCUCCUCAUUCCCUCCUCAUCCUCCUUCCCUCCUCUUCAUAUUGUCCUAUGAUCUGAACCAACCCCUCCUCCUCUUCCUCGUAUUGUCCUAUGAUCAGAACCAAACCCUCCUCUUCCUCGUAUUGUCCUAUGAUCAGAACCAACCCAAAUCCUCCCCCUCUUCCUCAUAUUGUCCUAUGAUCAGAACCAACCCCUCCUCUUCCUCAUAUUGUCCUAUGAUCAUAACCAACCCAAAUCCUCCCCCUCUUCCUCAUAUUGUCCUAUGAUCAGAACCAACCCCUCCUCUUCCUCAUAUUGUCCUAUGAUCAGAACCAACCCAAAUCCUCCCCCUCUUCCUCAUAUUGUCCUAUGAUCAGAACCCACCCCUCCUCCUCUUCCUCAUAUUGUCCUAUGAUCAGAACCAACCACUCCUCCUCUUCCUCAUAUUGUCCUAUGAUCAGAACCAACCCCUCUUCCUCAUAUUGUCCUCUGAUCCGAACCAAACCAUCCCCUCUUCCUCCUCCUCGUAUUGUCCUAUGAUCAGAACCAACCCAUCCCUUCUUCCUCCUCCUCGUAUUGUCCUAUGAUCAGAACCAACCCAACCCCUCUUCCUCUUUUGUCCUAUGAUCAGAACCAACCAACCCCUCCUCUUCCUCUUUUGUCCUAUGAUCAGAACCAACCAACCCCUCCUCUUCCUCAUAUUGUCCUAUGAUCAGAACCAACCCCUCUUCCUCAUAUUGUCAUAUGAUCAGAACCAACACAACCCCUCCUCUUCCUCAUAUUAUCCUAUGAUCAGAACCAACCCCUCCUCCUUGUAUUGUGCUAUGAUCAGAACCAACCCAACCCUCCUCCUCGUAUUGUCCUAUGAUCAGAACCAACCCAACCCCUCCUCGUAUUGUCCUAUGAUCAGAACCAAUCCAACCCCUCCUCCUCGUAUUAUCCUAUGAUCAGAACCAACCCAACCCCUCCUCCUCGUAUUAUCCUAUGAUCAGAACCAAUCCCUCCUCCUCAUAUUGUCCUAUGAUCAGAACCAAUCCAACCCCUCCUCCUCGUAUUAUCCUAUGAUCAGAACCAAUCCCUCCUCCUCAUAUUGUCCUAUGAUCAGAACCAAUCCAACCCCUCCUCCUCGUAUUAUCCUAUGAUCAGAACCAAUCCCUCCUCCUCAUAUUAUCCUAUGAUCAGAACCAACCCAAUCCAACCCCUCCUCCUCCUCGUAUUGUCCUAUGAUCAGAACCAACCCAACCCUGCAUGAUACCACUGAACUAAAUAUUUCAGAAAAUACUUUGUCAUUAACGUGUUGUUGCUUUCAUGAUAAAAUGUGGGGACUUUAAAUGUCACAGUGAGACUGGUGUGGUGCUCUUCUCUUCUAUAGCCUAUGGAUCCAUCAUACAGCAUGUUGACUCAAAACCCUGUUCCGUUUUCAUCCUAGUUUACUAUCACCCAUAGUGGUAUUGUUGUUGCUCGUGAUGACUCCCGGAGGUGCAGUUGGCUUUUGGUCAUUCUAAUCAGAAGAAAGCUUGACCUGAGCUUGUCUUUUUUUUUUUAAGAAAACAAAUACUAUUUGAACCCAGGUCUGCUUGGGUUAUCCAGACAGUACCAAAGCCUGGACCUAAUCCCUCACAGAGAAGAACCAUAUUACAAUCCAAUCUAUCUAUGAUACUGUUUAUUCAUAGUGGGAGUUUUUCCCUGUCAGAAUCUGUAAUGCCACUUCGGGAAUAGGAGUACAGUAUUACACUCAGUAGUACACUCAGUAUUACACUCAGCAGUACACUCAGUAGUAGUACACUCAGCAGUACACUCAGCAGUACACUCAGCAGUACACUCAGCAGUACACUCAGUAGUAGUACACUCAGCAGUACACUCAGUAGUAGUUCACUCAGCAGUACACUCAGUAGUAGUACACUCAGUAGUAGUACACUCAGUAGUAGUUCACUCAGCAGUACACUCAGUAGUAGUACACUCAGUAGUACACUCAGCAGUACACUCAGUAGUAGUACACUCAGCAUACACUCAGUAGUAGUACACUCAGUAGUAGUUCACUCAGCAGUACACUCAGUAGUAGUACACUCAGCAGUACACUCAGCAGUACACUCAGCAGUACACUCAGUAGUACACUCAGUAGUAUACUCAGCAGUACACUCAGCAGUACACUCAGUAGUAGUACACUCAGCAGUACACUCAGUAGUACACUCAGCAGUACACUCAGUAGUAGUACACUCAGCAUACACUCAGUAGUAGUACACUCAGCAUACACUCAGUAGUAGUUCACUCAGUAGUACACUCAGUAGUACACUCAGUAGUACACUCAGUAGUACACUCAGCAGUACACUCAGUAGUAGUACACUCAGCAGUACACUCAGUAGUAGUACACUCAGCAGUACACUCAGCAGUACACUCAGUAGUACACUCAGUAGUAGUACACUCAGUAGUAGUACACUCAGCAGUACACUCAGUAGUACACUCAGUAGUAGUACACUCAGUAGUACACUCAGUAGUACACUCAGCAGUACACUCAGUGAUCCAUCCGUGCUCUGUUUUCCUUUUUAUUUGCAUGGGAGGGUUCAGUCUCCCAUUUCCACCCCAUAGUGGUUGUUUUAUUUGCAUGGGAUGGUUCAGUCUCCCAUUUCCACCCCAUAGUGGUUGUUUAUCGUUGUUGAUGACGAUGAUGAGUGUGUAGAGACCAUUGUGUGUGUUACACCAUCACCUCAUCAACCUACCCAAUACCUAACCUAACCUAUACCUAAACCCUUCAUAACUAGUCUCCUAUCGAUGGCUUGAUCUAUUAUUGACCCCUACCCUUCAUAACUAGUCUCCUAUCGAUAGAUUGAUCUAUCAGACACCUACCCUUCAUAACUAGUCUCCUAUCGAUAGAUUGAUCUAUUAUUGAUCUAUUAUUGACCCCUACCCUUCAUAACUAAUCUCCUAUCGAUGGAUUGAUCUAUCAGACACCUACCCUUCAUAACUAGUCUCCUAUCGAUGGAUUGAUCUAUUAUUGAUCUAUUAUUGACCCCUACCCUUCAUAUUAGUCUCCUAUCGAUAGAUUGAUCUAUUAUUGACCCCUACCCUUCAUAACUAGUCUCCUAUCGAUAGAUUGAUCUAUUAUUGACCCCUACCCUUCAUAACUAGUCUCCUAUCGAUGGAUUGAUCUAUCAGACCCCUAUCUGUCUGGUAGACCCAGGGCCGGCUCCAGGUAUAAGUGACAUAAGUUCAGUCGGGGUCUCAACUCACAGAGAGUUAGAAUAGUAACACCAGGUGAAAGUUGGACAUGUGGUUGUGCAUCUGCAGUUUUUCUCUUAUGUCGGUCACUGACAGUCACUCAAUUAGCCUUGUCCGCUAACAACUGUUAGAUUGGUAAGUUAGUCUAGCCAGCUUGUAGUAAUCAUGGUCAAAUAUCGACCAGGCACGCAGGGCACGUGUCCAGAGGCCCUGACUUCCAGGGCCCCCCCCCCCCCCCCCCCCCAUUGAUUUUGUUAGUCACUAAUAUCACUUAUAUCAUUAACAUGGCAUACACUACCGGUCAAAAGUUUUAGAACACCGACUCAUUCAAGAGUUUGUCUUUAUUUGUACUAUUUUCAACAUUGUAGGAUAAUAGUGAAGACCUCAAAACUGUGAAAUAACACAUAUGGAAUCAUGUAGUAACCAAAAAUGUGUUAAACAAAUCGAAAUAUAUUAUAUAUUUCAGAUUCUUCAAAUAUCCACCCUUUGCCUUGAUGACAGCUUUGCACACUCUUGGCACUCUCACAACCAGCUUCACCUGGAAUCAUCAAACCAUCUCAAUUGGGUUGAGGUCGUGGGAUUGUGGAGGUGUCUUCGUAACUAUGGGUCUUCCUUUCCUGUGGCGGUCCUCAUGAGCGCCAGUGUAAUCAUUGCGCUUGAUGGGGCGGCAGGGUAGCCUAGUGGUUAGAGCAUUGGACUAGUAACCGAAAGGUUGCAAGUUCAAACCCCCAAGCUGACAAGGUACAAAUCUGUCGUUCAGCCCCUGAACAGGCAGUUAACCCACUGUUCCCAGGCCGUCAUUGAAAAUAAGAAUUUGUUCUUAACUGAUUUGCCUAGUUAAAUAAAGGUAAAAUAAAAAUAAAAUAAAAAAGGUCAGGUCAUCUGAUGCAGCACUCCAUCACUCUCCUUGGUCAAAUAGCCCUUACACAGCCUGGAGGUGUGUUGGGUCAUUGUCCUGUUGAAAAACAAAUGAUAGUCCCACUAAGCAGAAACCAGAUGGGAUGGCAUAUUGCUGCAGAAUGCUGGUUAAGUGUCCCUUGACUUCUAAAUAAAUCACUGACAGUGUCACCAGCAAAGCACCCCCACACCAUCACACCACCUCCUCCAUGCUUUAUGGGAAAUACACAAUGCGGAGAUCAUCCGUUCAGCAAAACCGCAUCUCACAAAGACACGGCGGUUGGAACCAAAAAUCUCAAAUUUGGACUCCAGACCAAAGGACAAAUUCCGAUCGGUCUAAUGUUCAUUGCUCAUGUUUCUUGGCCCAAGCAAGUCUCUUCUUAUUAUUGGUGUCCUUUAGUAGUGGUUUCUUUGCAGCAAUUCGAUCAUGAAGGCCUGAUUCAAUCAGUUUCUGAGGCUGGUAGCUCUAAUGAACUUAUCCUCUGCAGCAGAGGUAACUAUGGGUCUUCCUUUCCUGUGGCGGUCCUCAUGAGCGCCAGUGUAAUCAUUGCGCUUGAUGGUUUUUGCGACUGCACUUGAAACAUUCAAAGUUCUUGAAAUGUUCCGUAUUGACUGACCUUCAUGUCUUAAAGUAAUGAUGGACUGUUGUUUCUCUUUGCUUAUUUGAGCUGUUCUUGCCAUAAUAUGGACUUGGUCUUUUACCAAAUAGGGCUAUCUUCUGUAUACUCCCCCUACCUUGUCACAACACAACUGAUUGGCUAAAACGCAUUGAGAAGGAAACAAAUUCCACAAAUUAACCUGUCAAUUGAAAUACAUUCCAGGUGACUACCUCGUGGAGCUGGUUGAGAGAAUGCCAAGCGUGUGCAAAGCUGUCAUGAAGAAAAAGGGUGGCUAUUUGAUUUGUUUGACACUUUUUUGGUUACUACAUGAUUCCAAAUGUGUGAUUUCAUUGUUUUGAUGUUUUCAUUAUUAUUCUACAAUGUAGAAAAUACCUUGAAAUACCCGGAAGUGUAAGUCAUGGCAAAAUGUGUAGAAUUGAAGAAAAUUCUACACACAAAAAUCUCUCCGCCGUCGGGAGCGGAGGAGGGGGGAGGAACCAAAAUGUUUCGCUUGCAACCAAAUCUCGUUUAGGGUCUUCAAAAUGCUAGAGCCAUCCCUGGGUAGACCCUUACCAGAACAUCCACCGUCAUAACCUCCAUCACAGUGUUAGAGUUACCAAUAGUUACCAUUAUUUACCAAUUGUUUUAUAUAAUGCCAACCAUGCAUUUUAGGAAUCUUUGUUGUAGCUUGUUCGAUGGGACAGUCACAAAAAUGUAAAAUUAAACGAUAUACAAAGAAUGUGUGUCAUGAAGUGGGAACAAAAUGUGGCAUUCCUCCUGACAUCUUGUUCACCGCCUGUUAUUAUUCAAUGUAAAUAUCAAUACUGUAUGUUACAAUAAAAUAAUACCCCCCCAA